AUGGCUUCUUUGGGAGUUGUGGAUUUAUUCAAUGUGAAAGGUAGGGUGGCCGUUGUUACAGGGGGAAGCAGUGGGUUAGGGCUUAUGAUUUGCAAGGGACUGGUGACGAAUGGGGCCAAGGUCUACGUGGUAGCUCUUCCAACCGAUCCAAUAACGGAGAUAGUCGACGCAUUGAACGAGCUGGGGAAAGGAUCUGGAGGUCAUGCAGAAGGCUUCUCUUGUGAUGUUUCGUCAAAGGAAUUCAUCUUUGAAUUUGCUAGGGCAAUCACAAUGAAAGAAAAAACCAUUGAUAUGCUCAUCUCAAACGCAGGCAUUCGCCGCGAUCCCCCCACAGCUUGCAAUGUGCUGACAGCACCACUCACUGAGCUCCAAGCUUCAAUGUGGUCUAUGGACGAGUCUGCUUGGGUCAACACAUUCAAAGUUAACACCACGUCCCACUACUAUCUCAGCAUUGCUUUUCUACCCCUGCUCGCGGCUGCGGCCGAUCAAGAAAUGAGCAAUGGCAUCAAAGGUCGCGAUGAAGGAAGAGGUGUGAUAGUUGUCACCAGUUCCUGUGCAAGUAUGCAUAAUGUCACCAAUGUGGAUUUGACCAGCUAUGCAACAAGCAAAGCUGCGACCGAUCAUCUGGUGAAAUUGCUGGCCGCGAAAUAUAAUCGAUUUUAUGUGCGCGUCAUAGGAAUCAAUCCUGGAUGCUUUCAAGUUGUGCCGAGUAAUAUGAAUCCUGUUGGAGCCGAGGGAAAUAUCUUCAGUUCUUUAUUCGACAAGGUCCCGGCCAAGCGCGCUGGGAGAUCUGAGGACAUUGCCGGUACCAUUUUGUAUCUUGUCAGCAAGGCAGGGUUUUCGGCCCCGCUCCGCUCCGCGGCUCUCUCCGCGCGGAAGAACCCGACUUGCAAACAAAACUUCUUCUCCCAACAAACUGGACCUUUGUCUUUCAUCGCUCUCUACUCCCAUCUGCUCGAUCAAUUCGAAUACAUUGCAUUUGGAACUCCUUGCAUAUUCACAAUGAGCACGCCCGAAGUAGAACAUGUGCGUGGGGUUUGGGCACGAACCAAAAACGACAGUGCCAUCUAUCGACUUCUUCUCUCGGAUGUCGAGAUUGUCAGCGCCACUUGCGGCCAGAUGCAGGCGCGUCUGAACCUCACUCCCGAUCAUGUCAAUUCUCGUGGUACUAUCCAUGGAGCAGUAUCUGCAUCGAUCAUGGAUUGGGCCGGGGGCAUGGCCAUUGCAACCCACGGAUUUGAGAAGACUGGUGCCAGCGUGGAUAUACAUGUUUCAUAUCUAUCUACGGCCCACGCUGGUGAUGUAUUGAACAUUCACGCAGUAGCCGAUCGUGUCGGGAAAUCAAUGGCCUUUACUACCAUCAAGAUUUCCCGGGUUGUCGACGGUGAACUCGGUCCUCUGGUUGCGACUGGCUCUCACACGAAAUUCUUGCCAGUGUCCAAGGAGAAUCGCCAGCCUCCAAGUUAG